GAACCAAAAUGGACACGCUAACUUUCCACCCCAACCUAACAGAAUCUGCCCAUUUUUGAAAAUCAAUACCCUACCCAAUUUGGAUCCGAGGUGGACCAGAUUCGACCCGAAACAUGUACAAGAUGAGAGAGGGCCGGGUCCAAGUAGGGUUGGGUGUAUAUCUAACCCAAAAUGAUCUAAAAGAUUAAAAGUGCAGCUUUAUUGCUGUGUAUGCCAGCAACAUUGAUUUGACUUGAUGUUUGAAGUUUUCUAUCACUAUAGGUGAAUGUGUAUUCUGGAAUGUUUUCCUUUUUUUGAGGAUGAUGAUUGUAGAAAAGGCUCUAAUUUUUCUUAAACUUUAGUUAAAUGUAACUUUACUUGCACCUUUUUGUUAACUGUCCCUUUAAUUGCAUGCGCCUCUGAGCCACAAAUAUGUGUAGAGAUCGAUUCGUAUCAGUCCUCAAAUGGCGCCGCUGACGUUAUACAGCAUUUUGGGCACAAGAGCUCUCUAUACAUCUCUACGCUCUGAGCGGCACACCUGCAACCAAUUUUGUCUUUUAGUUCUGUGCCAUACAAUCCAAGCAGUUUUAAAGAACUUCUCUACCUUUAUCUGUGCGUCCAAUUCUCGAACUAACAUCCAAACAUGAGUAGGGCGAUACAUCCAAUCUGCCUGGCUCUGUGUCUGGCUGGCUGGGCUGUAUCUGGUGCUUCUGUUGAAGGGGAGAAGACCUCCCCUGUCUGUUACCUCUGUAACCAUGAUAACUGCCCAACCGUUGAGUAUGUUUAUGACCAUUUGACGGCUAAUUUGACUCUGUGGUCGCGAGGUAAAAUGGUUGACCUCCCUCCCUGCCCCACCCACUCCCCUCUGUCAUCUGGAGGAUGCUUGGUGUGUGUUGACAACCAGAAGAUCUACGCUGUGUGUGACUCAGAGAUCAUCAAGCCAGUCUUUGAGGGCCAAGGCAACUCCAUGCCUAUUAUCAAAGCCAAUUGCAAAAGCAUUGUUUCAACUGAUUGGACGGAUCCAAAUGUCCCCACUUCCACCCCUGGUGGUACUGGGAGGUUAUCUAAGGAAGAAGAGAUCACUAUUGGCAUUUUAGCUGCUACCCUCUCCUUCCUUGCCAUCCUCGUCAUUGUUGCUUGGCGCUACAAGGACCAGAUUAAGUGUCUUCCAGUGGCCCUUCCAGCAGUCAAAUCAGGGGAACCCAGGUACUAUUCAAACUAACUGAAGAAAGAGUUUGAUACCAUCAGCCGAGGAAUAGUUGGACCUGCAGGGAAUAGGGGUGUGCCAAGAUUUGAAUCUCAUUUACAUUUACCCUGUUUAGAAAUGUAUUGGAUAUGUCCUAUUUAAACCUAUGGUGUGUAUUUAAUCUGCAACCGGUGUUCUCUUAGGUUCAGAUGACCUUCAGCUCUAUCAGCCAGGUGGCUGUGUAACUGUAACACUGUCUCCCCAUCACGUCGGGUUGUUAGUUUGAUAGCUUUAACUCUGCACAUUUACAACAGGCAAGUUUAAAAACACUGCUUCAAACUAAUCAUGGUCUAGAUUGAAGAGAGUUGAAUCAGUUGUGUUAUAGAUUGUUUACCUAGGCAGCCCAUAUAUUUAUCCCAGAUUGUGAAUACAAUAAGGCAUUAUGUCAUACUGGAGUCAGGGAGGUAAACAGGAAAGCUCUUGUUCUGUUUUGGUAUUUACUGUUCAUAUCCAUAGUGACCCACUUGAAACAAAUAGACAUUUCUGUAUCUAGGUUUGGUGUAAUUGACCUGAUUUGUAAAUCGACCUGUACAGUUGCUCUGUGUUUGGCUGAGAGACUGCUGUGGGAACAACCAUGAGACAGAAAACUGGAUUAAAAGUUUAAACGCUUUCAAUGUGUAUCCAGAUAUGGAUUUUAGUCAAUAGGAAUGGAACUCCUAAAACCUGUUUCCUGUCCCUUUCACCCUUUCUUCUUCUCUGGGUAUGGCCUCACCAGUUUUAUGAACAGAUGUGAUUGUACUGCUAUUUAUGUGCUGUGUAAAUAAACACAUGCCCAGCCAGCGA